UGUGCGCGCGUGUGACUCAAGAAGGCGCUUUAACGCCGCAUCAUCGAUUGGGUGCUGAAGUGGACAGCUCCUCACACUGAUUCAUUAACCAAACAAAAACACGGCGCUCCUCGUGAGGGCUCUGAGGCUUCAAAUCUCCCCCUUUUCAACUCUAAACGAAGAUCUCCGUUUUCAUCCUGUCAAAUUUUGGACUUAUUUUGUGCUGCUGACGAGAGAGGGGCCGAUGUUUUGACACCUGUAGCUGAAUCUCCUUCUCUCUCUCUAUCUCCCUCUCCCUCUCAUCCUUUCGCAUGCGUCCUGCAGGAGAGGUGCACUGGCGCUGUUUGAUCUGUGUGGAGUGGAGAGGCGCAAAGGUAGCCUAAAGCCAUUUACGAACGCAUUAAUUUCUAAGCCGCUCUCGGUGAGCGCCUGCACACAGGAAAGAGCAUGGAUAGAGAGGAAUUUGCUCUGACUGGUGCGCUGAGGGUAUUUGUAUUGCUGGGAAUGUAGAGCUGUGGAAACUAAACUAAGGACAGCGUCUGAAGCACCGCUUACCCCACUAACAGCUCGAUAUUUCUCUUCAAGCCGUUUUAGUUAUUAUUUCAUAAACCCGUGAAGAUACAAGUAUUAGUUUUUUUUUAUCAGCAAUGGGGAAAGAGGAGUGUAAAACAAUGCUGGACGCCUUGAACAAAGUGACCGCCUGCUAUAGGCAUUUGGUCAUCGCCCUAGGAAGCACCUCGGACUCGCAGAACCUACGGGAGGAGCUGAAGAGGACCCGCAAAAAGGCCCAGGAGCUGGCCGUGGCCAACAGGACUAAGCUGACCUCUCUGCUUAAAGACAAGAGCAUCAGCAAAGAUGACCGGGCCGAGUACGAGCGCCUCUGGGUGCUGUUCUCCAGCAGCAUGGAUCUGCUGGAGGUGGACAUGAAAAGGUCCCUGGAGAUAGGGCAGGAUUUCCCCCUCAAGGUGCCUACGAGGCACCUCAUCCAGACGGGUAUGACCGGCGGCACCACCGCCGUGGCGGCCCGGGCCAUGAGUGUGCAGAACAUGAAGUAUGAGCUGGACAGCAACAUCGACACGACGGACCUCCGGGAGCUGCAGUCCGAGAUCUGCCAGGUGAGCCAGAUGAUGGAGGAGAUGGAGAUGAAGGUGCAGGUAGCGCCGUGGGCCGUGGAGGCGAAGCAGGAGGCGGGCGCGGAGCUCAAGUCCAACAUGAGUGUGGGCAACUCCUCCGUGGGUGUCAUCUCCAUCUGCGAGGACGAGCCCAAAGAAGAAGACGGUGGAGGCAACAGGGACACUGGCUUUGCAUCCAUCUGCGCCGUGGUCGGAUUCUUUAUCAUCGUUACUGUCGCUGUGGUUCUAGGAUAUCUGGUCAUCAACAUGUCCUGAACCACACUGUGACCAACAAACAGCCCACACUGAAGACAGACACCCUGCGAGGCUGCCCACGGUCCUGGGAGCGUCACCGUGGGUAAGAGAGCCUGCAGCUCCACACGAGAGAGAAGCAGCUUUUUAUGGACACGUUAUUGAAUUAAUCUUUCUCGGAUUUGUGAAUGUAACAAUGGAAUCGAGGAGUUGCACUAGAUUAAGGGUAGAACAGCAACUUAGUGUUUCACUCUUAGACAGUGGCGUGCACAGAUAUUUUACGGGGCAGGGGCUCAAGUUAAAAAGGGCACACUCAUUAUUACUCCUGCCCGGCAUCUUGGGUAUGCAGUGUGUAAAGAGUCUGUCAUACUCAGCCUGUGUGAUGUGAAGUGAGGCUACCAGACUGGACACAGGAAGGGGGUUUGGGGUGUGGGAUUAGGGCUGGGGGGUAGACAGAAGGGAACAGACUUGAUGACCUGGGUUAAUGCAGAUGUUUCAUAGGCCAUCUCCACAAAUGACUGUUGUCUUGCAGAAAUUACAAGCUAAUGAUAUGGGCCACAUGAAAACCACCAGAGGUCUGUCUGUGCGUGUCUAUUUUCUGAGCGAACAAAGUAUUCUGUGGGACCAAAAGGGAGCAGACUUUUUUAGGGGAUGGGGGUGGAAGACACAACAUUACGUGACAGUGUCUGGCCAUCAGGAUGAUAUAAACAAAGCGUAAUCCAAGUGGAUUAGUGGAGGAGCUCAAGCAUAAAUGCAGCCUCCUGUUAAGCAUUCCCCCUCAAAGUUCUGCUGAUUGAUGCACUUAAUUUAUGAUUUUAUUCCAGCUGAGGUGAUUGUGAUCAAAGGAGCUGAGGAAUCACAGAGUCAGAGAGAUGUAAAAGUUCAAACUUUAGAGUUGACUUCACAGUUAACCUUUGCUCUUCACAUCACAUGGGCUGAAUGUGAACAGAACAGCAUUGUCCUGUUAACACAGUUGGACUACAUUAUAAAAGCCUGUACAGGCAGAUUGUGGUCUAGGCUAGAAGCAGACAUCCCGUCUCAAUGUGCUCCAUGAGAGUCUUGGGUCAUAAGAGAUGUGCACAGUCUUUUAAAAAUGUUCACUCCAAGCAUCUUCAUGUUCCUUUACAGGGUUUUUUUUUCUUGCAGUCAGAAUGUAUAUAUUGCAACAUGAGAACAGAGGGUUUGUAUGUGUCAGAUAAUGUACAGAUACAAUCAGGUAUAUUUAUGAUAAUAAAACUUUGAAACACACUUGAAAACACGCUUUGAGGAAAUAAUUCUGCAAGUGACACAAGUACAAGUCAAAGCAGCAGAAAUUAAUUAAGUUAUGUUUGAUUGUGCAUGGGGUUCGGAACAUUUGUUCAGAUUUAAAGCUCAUGUUGGGGCUAAUACUAUACGGAGGAUUAGAUGUAACCACCCCAUGGUUAAAGUAGUGUUUUAAAAUGGAAAGGAAACAGAAAUACCUUAACUCCUUAAUGGUUUUAGUUGUAAGAGUCUUUGAAGGUAAUCCUGAAAUAGGUGAACUGAAAGCUGCCAAAACCAAAGGCCUCGGCAUAGAUGUUAGGCAUCGUUCUGUUCAUGAACACAGGCGGGUCCAGAAGAACUAAUACAGAACAUCCACUCAAUACAGGUUGUUUUAUGAUUUCACCAAAUUUUAUUUUCAUUUACGUUUAUGUUAGUUC